ACUGAACUGGCCGGUCUGAUAAAGUAGCGUCUUGGUUGUCAGUGACUGUUUACACAUCCAACCUAACUUUUCAGAUCACCCCUAUACAAUGUCUACUCCGACAGUAGACAUGUCUGAUUAUGACAAACUCGGCUGCCUUCACGAUAUGUUUACAUCACAAGUAAAAAAAACUCCGAACAACAUAGCUGUGGUUAACUGCGAUGGCUCAAAGACUACAUACAAAGAACUCGAUGAUAUGACCGACCUAUUAGCCAACAAACUUCAAAAUCUUGGAUUGAAAAAGAACCAAGUUGUUGGAAUUUUGAUGGAGCGUUGUCUGGAAUACACAGUGGCCUAUAUAAGCAUUUUAAAGGCAGGAGGGGCGUAUCUUCCCAUAGAGGUAUCUUGGCCUUUACCUUUGGUAGAGUCAGUGUUGAAAGAUGCCACCCCUUCAGUGAUUUGUGCAAAGGAAGCUUUCAGUGAUAAAGUCAAAACGUCCAAUGUCCCUGUCAUACUUAUGAAUGGAGAUUGGUUAGAUAAGUUGAAAAAAGAACAGAAAGUUUCACCCUUGCUUCCCCCAGUGAAAACUUCAUUGGAUGACAUCGCUUAUGUGGUUUAUUCUUCUGGAACUACAGGAACUCCUAAAGGUAUUCUCUGCCCUCAUCGAGGCGCUGUGUUCUCCUACACUUGGAGGCAUCGGGCUUAUCCCUACGCAGACAACGACCACGAGGCUUGCAAUGUCUUCUUCGUGUGGGAAAUGUUCCGCCCCUUGGCCAAAGGCCUGCCAAUGUACAUAAUCCCAGACGAUGUUAUAUAUGAUCCUCCCAAGCUUGCAAACUUUAUCCAGAAAAAUGAAAUAACCAGGAUGUUAUUCACACCUUCUUUGCUACAAGCUUUGUUGGAAUACAGAGGAAUUGACUUGCAGACUACAUUGAAGUCGUUAAGGCAAAUCAUCUAUUGUGGUGAAGUGGUGACGUCAGCUUUACGAGACAAGGUCGCCCAGCAGCUACCGAGGAUUCAACAGCUCAACUUGUACAGCAUCUCAGAGUGUCACGAUGUGUCUAAUGCAGAUUUGUCUGAUAUGCCCAGCGGCUGUGGAGGAAGACAGUUUUGCCCGGUUGGCAAGUUGUUUCCUGGAGUUCAUGCUGUUGUUAUGGAUGAAAACCUUACAAUGAAACCAGUUGGAGAGCCAGGAGAGAUUUACAUUGGAGGCCCAGGACUUGCCAUUGGUUACUUGAACCGACCUGAGUUGAACACCCUGAGGUUCAUACCUCGACCGUCUCACGUCAGCAGUAGCGUGGGGGAUCGUUUGUAUCGGACGGGUGACUGGGGAUAUGUGCUCUCUGAUGGGAGUCUGGAGAUCUGUGGACGAUGCGACUCCAUGGUCAAGAUCAGAGGGUACACCAUCGAGAUGGAGGCAGUAAGACUGAAUCUUCUAGAACUACCAGGAGUAUUAUCCACUAGUGUUCAAGUUUAUGGUUCGGAGGGAGAAGAGAAAACUUUGGUGGCCUUCCUAGUUCUCCAGGAAGGUAUCCAGUUAUCGCAUCGUGACAUUCGUGUACAGCUGAAGAAAAAGUUGCCUUUUUACAUGAUUCCUUCUCGAUUCAUAAUUCUUGAAAGCAUACCUGUGGUGGAGGCUACAGGUAAGCUGGACUCCAAGGCUCUAGCCUCUCUACACUCUCAGCUGAGAGAACAGUCAGCAGCUGUGGAUGUGGUGAAGGUGGUAGAGGGGAGAGAAGUAGCAGUCAGCACAGAGGAGCUGAGAAUAGCUCAAGUCUGGAGUCAGCUGCUAAAUCUCUACGUGCUUGAUACUGAGGAGAGCUUCUUUGAUGUUGGAGGACACUCACUGCUAGCUGCUGCAUUAGCGAGCCGACUGAGUGAAGAAUUCAAAGCCAACCUUACAACAGCAGAUAUUUUCAAAAACCCCACAAUAUCAUCUCAAGCAUUACUGAUGAGUAAUUCAAACUGUGCAAACCCCUUGGAAAAAAUAGACCUUAAAAAAGAACUCAGAAACUUGAAGAUUGAAUUUGGUGGGAUGGAUGCAGACAUUCGAGCGUUCUGGCAGAUUGUGAGUUUAUCCCCAGGAAAGUUUACCAGAGGAAGUGUGCUUCUCACAGGGGCUACUGGCUACGUUGGCUGUUUUCUGCUGGAGGAGCUGUUACAACAUACACAGACAACAGUCUACUGCUUAGUGAGGGAAAGUCCUGACGUCAGCCCCUUGGACAGACUCAUCAGAGUAAGGACACAGAACGGCCUACGAGGAUACCUUCCUGCUGACAGGGUGAUUCCCAUCAAAGGUGAUGUGUCCCUGACUAACCUGGGACUCAGCAAGGAUGUCUACUCAGCUCUCACAGUCGAGGUUGAUGUUGUGAUACAUGCUGCUGCUCAGGUCAAUCUUAUCCUUCCGUUUUCUGCUCUUUACAAUUCCAAUGUACUUGGAACGUACAAUGCACUUACAUUCGCCUUCAGUGGGAAAAUCAAACCAGUUCAUUACAUAAGCACAAACGCAGUAUUUCCUGACGGGGUGAAAGACGUAGAAGAGAAUGUGGACAUGUCACUGUACGCAGAUGUUCUGCAGAACGGGUACGGACAGACCAAGUGGGUGGCAGAACAGUUGGUUUUGGAAGCGUCUCGGAAAGGAUUUCCAACUGCUGUUUACAGGUGUGGCAAUGUCGGAGGGUCACGACUUGUGCCAGGCUGGAACUCCGCUGACUUCAAUCUUCACAUGCUAAAAGGAGUUUUUCUAACAAGUUACGCGCCUGACUUGGAUUGGCAGAUUGAGCUCACCCCAGUUGACUUUGUAAGCAAACUAAUUAUACAUUCGGUUGGCAAUCUCAAUGAUUCAGUUGGGAAAGUAUUUCACUUAAUCAACAACAACACAUUCUCUUGCAAGAAGCUUUGGGCGUUAUUGGAGGACCUUGGUUAUAAGGCUAAGAUAAUCCCUUUUUCUGAUUGGAAAAAAAUUAUCCUGGAAAACUCCAAUGAACUGCUUGCUCAGCUUCGUCCGCUUCUUGUUAAUUACGCUUCUGAAGAAAAUUCCUUCUUGACGUCAAGUUCUUAUAGACAAGACAAUAUGAGUGCUCUCCUCAAGAAAAUGAAUUUGAACUACCCUCAAUUGACUAAUGAGCUUUUCCAAGCUUAUUUCAAGGAUCUGUCAAAUAUUGGAGCUAUCCCUAGACCUACAGUAGUGAAAGGUGUAACACGAGACAAUCGUCUGAACAGCAAAGUAGUCUUGGUAACAGGUGCGUCAUCUGGUAUUGGUGAAGGCAUCGCACGCACACUUGCGCACGCAGGGGCAACAGUUGUACUGGCUGCAAGACGAGUGGAUAAACUGCGCAGUAUAGCUACAGAGCUACGGCAGGCUGGUGGCAAUGCACAUGCAGUAGAAAUGGACGUGUGCAAUGCUCAACAGGUAACCAACUGUAUCCAAGAUAUUGAAGAGAGGAUUGGCCCUAUUGACGUGCUGGUGAACAAUGCAGGAGUAAUGUUCUAUCAGAUGAUCACUAAAUGUGACUUGCCACGGUGGCAACACAUGGUGGACGUCAACGUGAAGGGAGUGCUCAACUGUCUGGCCGCAGUGCUGGGUCAUAUGGUUGACAGAGGCAGCGGCCAUAUUGUCAACAUAUCCUCUGAUGCUGCUAGAAAGCCAUUCCCUGGUUUGGCAGUUUACAGCGGCACAAAAUACUUCGUCCACUGUUUGUCCGGAGCGUUGAGAUCCGAGGUCGCGUCAAGUGGUGUAAAAGUUACUGAUAUCCAACCUGGAGACGUAACAUCUGAACUUCAUAACUACGUGUCCGAUCCAGAGGCGGAGUUGGCCUAUGACUGGAGUGCCAAGGUGCCCAUCUUGAAGCCAGCUGAUGUGGGCGAGGCUGUACUCUACGCUCUGUCACAACCUUCGCACUGUGCCAUCAACGAGAUCCUACUAGAGCCUCAGCUGCUACCACUGUAGAGAGUAAAAUAAGAUAUAGAGAAUAUAUUUCAUAUAUAUACUUUCCUGUUGUAUCACAAUGUAACAAGUUUGACUCAGUUUGUGCUUGUGAAAACCCCAAUAAUUAACAUUUUAAUAAACUUUUUUCCAUUUAA